AUGGCAUGGCCCUGCAUCAGCCGCCUGUGCUGCCUGGCGCGGCGCUGGAACCAGCUCGACCGCUCCGACGUGGCGGUGCCCCUGACCCUGCACGGCUACUCGGACCUCGAGGGUGAAGAGCCGGGUCUGGCCGGCGCCGCCUCGCGCAGGGGCCCGGGCGCCCGGGAACCCGGCCGGGACGUGCCGCUCACGCAGUACCAGCGGGACUUUGGCGUGCGGACGGCGCCCACGGGGCCCAGGGACGCGCCGCAGGGACGCAGGACAGGGGCCAGCGGCCGCAGGGACAAGCCCCCCGCGCACUGCGCACGGGCCGUCUACGUGCUUCCCAUCGGCGACGCGGACGCGGCUGCAGCGGUGACCACCUCGUACAGACAGGAGUUCCAGGCCUGGACGGGAGUGAAGCCCUCAAGAGCCACAAAGACAAAGCCAGCCACUGCUAUCCCAACCCACAGCGCCGGGUGGGACAGCAGCCCUGGGACCAGCUUCCAGGUCCCAGAGGUGAGGAGGAAGUUCACGGCCAACCCCUCAGCCAUCUUCCAGGCUCCAGCUCCUCGGAUCCUCAAUGUGUAA